AUGGAGGCGCCCGCCAGCGCGCAGACCCCGCACCCGCACGAACCCAUCAGCUUCGGCAUCGACCAGAUCCUCAACAGCCCGGACCAGGACAGUGCACCAGCCCCGCGGGGCCCCGACGGCGCCAGCUACCUGGGAGGGCCCCCCGGGGGCCGUCCGGGCGCCACAUACCCAACUUUACCCGCCUCCUUUGCCGGCCUCGGCGCGCCCUUCGAGGACGCGGGAUCUUACAGUGUCAACCUAAGCCUGGCGCCCGCUGGCGUGAUCCGGGUGCCAGCGCACAGGCCGCUGCCCGGGGCCGUGCCGCCGCCUUUGCCUAGCGCGCUGCCCGCCAUGCCCUCCGUGCCCACGGUCUCCAGCCUGGGCGGCCUCAAUUUCCCCUGGAUGGAGAGCAGCCGCCGCUUCGUGAAAGAUCGUUUCACAGCGGCGGCGGCGCUCACGCCCUUCACCGUGACCCGGCGCAUCGGCCACCCCUACCAGAACCGGACGCCGCCCAAGCGUAAGAAGCCGCGCACGUCCUUUUCUCGGGUGCAGAUCUGCGAGCUGGAAAAGCGCUUCCACCGCCAGAAGUACCUGGCCUCGGCCGAGAGGGCGGCGCUCGCCAAGUCCCUCAAAAUGACGGACGCGCAGGUCAAGACCUGGUUCCAAAACCGGAGGACCAAGUGGCGGCGGCAGACGGCGGAGGAGCGGGAGGCGGAGCGGCAGCAGGCGAGCCGGCUCAUGCUGCAGCUGCAGCACGACGCCUUCCAAAAGAGCCUCAACGACUCCAUCCAGCCCGACCCGCUCUGUCUGCACAACUCGUCGCUCUUUGCUCUGCAGAAUCUGCAGCCCUGGGAGGAGGAUAGCUCCAAGGUCCCCGCCGUCACCUCUCUGGUGUGA